UCUGCUCUCUGGUAAACGAGAGCACUGUGGAAUCCGAGUAGAUAGCACAGAGAGUGAAAAAAAAUUUUUUUUCAACCUUAAUAAACUUUUAUGUUAUGAAUUUCUCCCUGACCAAGAUGGCUACCAUUUUCAACCUAUAAACAGAACUUUGAAUAGUUUAUGACAUAGCCGACCCGUAUGGUGAAAGUCUUUAGCAGGAUAGGCUUCAUUUCCAAUAAACACUUCACCUGGAAUUUACAUUUAUAUCGACCAGCUGAGAGAAAGAAAGAUAAAAAGGUGAUCAAAUUUGACUGACUUCUGGAUCGGGUCGCUGGUCACAGGAGGUCCAGGAUGAACAAGCUACGGCAGAGUUUCAGACGGAAGAAAGACGUGUACGUUCCUGAGUCCAGCCGACCGCACCAGUGGCAAACGGACGAGGAGUCGGUCCGCAGUGGAAAGUGUAGCUUUGCAGUCAAGUACCUGGGCCAUGUAGAGGUGGAGGAGUCCAGAGGAAUGCAUAUCUGUGAGGGUGCUGUGAAGCGUCUCAAGACGGACAGGACAUUCUUCAAGGGCUUCUUUACAAAAGCAGGGAAGAAGGCAGUGAAAGCAGUGUUGUGGGUCUCAGCAGACGGUCUCCGUGUGGUAGAUGACAAAACUAAGGACCUGAUCCUAGACCAGACAAUAGAGAAAGUAUCGUUCUGCGCUCCGGACAGGAACUUUGAGAGAGCGUUCUCCUACAUCUGUAGAGAUGGAACUACGAGACGCUGGAUCUGCCACUGCUUCAUGGCUAUCAAGGACUCGGGAGAGCGUCUGAGCCACUCGGUGGGCUGUGCCUUCGCUGCCUGUCUGGAGAGGAAACAGAAGAGAGAGAAGGAGUGUGGUGUCACAGCAACCUUCGACUCCAACAGAACCACCUUCACCAGGGAGGGCUCGUUCCGAGUUACCACGGCGACGGAAGCCGCUGAGCGAGAGGAGGUCAUGAGGCAGUUACAGGACAAGAAAGCGGAGGGCGAUGUCAGGCCCCCCAUCCCUCUCUCCUCAGGCCCCAGUGAGGGUGUGGUGAACCAGGCUGUGGCCCCUCUACCAGGGCCACCGUCCCCCUCCUCCUCCCCUCCCCUGGGCCCCCAGGUUAUCCCCCGCAGACACGCCCCAGUGGAGGUCCUGGCCAGACAGGGUUCCUUCAGAGGGUUCCCUGCCCUCAACAACAACUCCUCUCCCUUCAAACGGCAGCUGUCUCUCAGGAUCAACGAUCUGCCCCCUACCAUGCAGUCUGACUUCCCCAUGAACAACACAGUCCCAGAGGUGGAGGGAGAGGGGGACAGCAUCAGCUCGUUGUGUACCCAGAUCGCCUCAGCCUUCAGUGGGCCUCCUGAAGACCCCUUCUCCCAAGCCCCCAUGCCCCGACCAACCUCCACCCCACAGUCACCUGUAGCGCCCCCGGGGGCUCAGCCAGCACUGCCCCCUCCACUUCCUGCCCGAGACACUAACCCCUGGGCCAAGACUCCUGGCCACGCAGGGCACCAUACCCCCCCGACCUCCACCUCAGCACACCCAGGAGGUGAUUGGACGACACCAGUGAUUGUAGCUCCUCCCUCCGCCACAUCGUCUCCGUCUCACCACUCCCACCGCCGCACGCCGUCGGAGGCUGACCGUUGGCUCGAGGAGGUCACCAAGUCUGUCCGCGCUCCGCAACUCGGGUCCACACCCCCCUCCCAACCGUUCCUCACCCCCAACCCACCAGCCUUCUCCAUCCCCCCAACCCAGGCUUUCAUUGUCCCCAUGCCUUCCACCCAGGCCUUCCCUGCUACCCUACCCCCUAACCAGGCCUUCCCUGCUACCCUACCCCCUAACCAGGCCUUCCCUGCUACCCUACCCCCUAACCAGGCCUUCCCUGCUACCCUACCCCCUAACAAGGCCUUCCCUGCCACACUAGCCCCUAACCAGCCCUUCUCUACCCCCCCAACCCAGGCAGUUGCCCCUGUGGCCUUCAUGUCCUCCCUGCCCCCUGCGAUUCCCAUGCUGGCCCCUCGCCAACCUGCCUACCACACCCAGGCCCCAGCCUCCUACCCCAUGUCCAACGGGCUGCCCUAUGCCCAUCCCAGUGUGCCCGUGAUGGGCAUCACACCCUCUCAGAUGGUGGCCAAUGUGUUUGGUUCAGCCACUCAGCCCCAGGCGUACCCCACCCCCCAGUAUGACCCUGAUCAGCACACUGUGUGUAUCCCCUUCAGCAACCCCCACCAGCAGCCCCUUCCCUUCCAGGCACCCAAUGGGAGUGUAGCCUUCAACGGGGGUGGGGCCGACAGCUGGGCCCCUCCCUCCCUGCCCCCUCCGUCCUCCCCGGCCCCUCCCCUUCCCCCGCAACCCCUGGCGACGGCCGAUCCCUUCGAGGCCAAGUGGGCCGCCCUGGAGACCCACUCCCGCCAGCGCACCACGCCAUCGCCCACUAACCCCUUCUCCUCCGAGCUGCACAAGACCUUUGAGAUCCAACUCUAGAGACUGAGAAGCUGGGAGGAGGAGGUGGUGGACUGGGACUGAGGAGGAGGUGGUGAUGAUGGGGGAGAGGAUACUUUUUUAAUGAAUUUGCAGGUUGGUGAGGGACGGAAGAGGAGCAGACUAGCCUUUCUCUCAGUCUCUACAUCUGCCUGGAUUGGCUUAGUGGAGGACCUGAGUGGAGGAGAUGGAUGGGUGGGUGGAUGAAGGAUGGAAACAGUAGGACAGGAAGGAGAGUUGGAGGUAUGGAGGUGCUGCCGCUGCUUACCAGACAUUUCAUUUGUAUUGUGGGUUUAGUUGUGUUGUUGCUUUGGAUGACGUGGAAGUGGACAUGAUGACCCUGUGGAGUGGUGGAUCUGAGAACACACAGCCCCGACUCCCAACCCCGACCCGAGCCCCAACCCCGACCCCAACCCCCGACCCCCAACCCCGACCCGAGCCCCAACACCGACCCCAACCCCAACACCGACCCUAGCCCCAACACCGACCCUAGCCCCAACCCCGACCCGAGCCCCAACACCAACCCCAGCCCCGACCCGAGCCCCAACCCCAGCCCCGACCCCGACCCGAGCCCCAACCCCGACCCGACCCCAGCCCCGACCCCAGCCCCGACCCCAGCCCCAACCCCAACCCCGACCCUAGCCCCAACCCCAGCCCCGACCCCAACCCAACCCUGACCCGAGCCCCGACCCCAACCCAGCCCCAACCCCAGCCCCAACCCCGACCCGAGCCCUCCCAGCUCUCGAGACACACUCAAACAACUUUACCAGGGGUUGCUACCCCUUCCUCCCUCUCCUGGUCCAGCUCACAGCGCCCCCAGGUGGCUGGAGUAUGAUCUGCUCUCCCGACCACCUGUCAGGCAGAAGGACUGCAGCACUGAAAGAGAACUGAGCUUCCAGACCAGAGGUUCUCAUCUAAAAAACAUUUUUAAAAAAUCAGAAAAAGUGAGAGAAUGCCAAAAUAUUUAUUUUUAUGCAUUAAGGUAUAUUUUAAAAAAUAGCUUUGGAAAUCUAACAGAAGAGUUGUAAAGUAAUCUCUGCCAAGGGCACAGAGGAUAGCUAGCUACAAUGAGGGGAUGUGCAACCUGUAUACAAGAAACUAUCAUGUAUUACAAAUCUAUAUCUAUUAAGAAUAUAUUAGUGUACACAGCUCACGGCAACUGAUUUCUGUGAUGACUUGAAGAGAGAACAUGUUGAAAGGACAGCUGGUGUUUUAUUUAGUAUUCUGUCUCAUUUUGCCGUUCGCUGUUUGCAUCCUGUGAUUGGAUGUUCUUCUCACUGUAAAUAGUUCAAUCAUCAUUGCAGAAACAAUCGAUGUGGUUCCAGCGGGCAGCAGUGUGGUCGGCAGUAUGGGGUACCCUGGGGGUGUAUUCGUUAAGAACCAAACGGGGUGAGGGACCUACUUGAAUUUUCCAAAUAGAAACCCUUGUUUCCCAUUGCGUAACGUUUUGCUACGGUGUGCGACUAAUGAAUACACCCCCAGGCUGCCUCUGCUACCACUGAUCUGCCCUCUCAAGUCUCCUUACUAUGAUAGUACUAGUCUAGUACUCGAUAGUACUAGUAAUUAGUACUCAUCUAGUACUCGAUAGUACUAUUCGUUAGGACUUAACUACAUUUGACUUCCAUCUUCAUUGUCAUUCUUUUAAUUUUUUUGUGGUAAUGUUCGUACUUUGUUGUUGUAUUUUGACACUAAGGACAGUGUCAUCUCCCAAUUUUAUUUAUCCUUCAAUGAUAUUAUUUUUUAAAUAAAAAUGAUUGAUUUCCCCA